AAUGGAACUCUUACAGUUGAAGUGCAGAGACCCGGUGGUGAGACUGCUAUGGCAGACAUUGUUCGUUUGGUAGAAGAAGCACAGAGUAGGGAAGCUCCUGUACAGCGCUUGGCUGACAAGGUGGCUGGGCAUUUUACAUAUGGAGUAAUGACACUAUCUGCUGCCACAUUUUUAUUCUGGAGCUUGAUUGGUGGUCAUAUUUUACCUGCUGCUUUUCACGGAGGAAAUUCAGUUUCAUUAGCAUUGCAACUCUCUUGCAGUGUUCUGGUUGUUGCUUGUCCAUGUGCCCUUGGGCUUGCCACACCCACAGCUGUGCUGGUUGGGACUUCAUUGGGAGCAAAAAGAGGACUGCUUUUGCGUGGUGGAAAUAUUUUAGAGAAGUUUUCAAUGGUGAACACUGUAGUGUUUGAUAAAACAGGGACUCUGACAAUGGGCAAACCUGUUGUGACAAAAAUUUUGACUCCUGAACGUUCAAAGGUUACUGACUUACAAGAAAAGUUUAACCAUACUUGGUCAGAAGUUGAUGUUCUGAAGUUUGCUGCUGGAGUAGAAUCAAAUACAGUUCAUCCUGUUGGGAAAGCUAUUGUGGAAGCUGCUCAGGCUGUUAAUUGCCAGAAUAUGAAGAUUGUAGAUGGAACAUUUUUGGAAGAACCUGGGUCUGGUGCUGUAGCAACUAUUGAGAACAAAAAGGUUUCUAUAGGAACUUUGGACUGGGUUCAAAGGCACGGAGUUGAUGAGAAUCCAUUUCAAGAAGUAGAGGCCCAUAAGAGUCAGUCUGUUGUUUAUGUUGGCAUUGAUAGUACUCUUGCUGGUCUUAUUUAUUUUGAGGAUCAGAUAAGGGAAGAUGCUGGACAAGUUGUUAAAUCUUUAUCUAAGCAAGGGAUAAAUGUAUACAUGCUAUCUGGGGACAAAAGAAAUAACGCAGAGUAUGUAGCAUCUGUUGUUGGUAUUCCGAAAGAGAAGGUGAUAUCUGGUGUUAAACCGAGGGAAAAGAAGAAAUUCAUAACGGAACUUCAGAAGGAUCAAAACAUUGUAGCCAUGGUUGGUGAUGGAAUUAAUGAUGCUGCAGCGUUAGCUUCAUCACAUGUUGGAAUUGCCAUGGGUGGUGGUGUUGGAGCUGCUAGUGAGGUAUCCUCUAUUGUGCUACUGGGCAACAGACUUUCACAGGUACUUGAUGCUUUGGAGCUCAGCAGGCUAACCAUGAAGACUGUGAAGCAAAAUCUUUGGUGGGCUUUUGCAUACAAUAUUGUAGGACUUCCAAUUGCUGCUGGAGUGUUGCUGCCAGUAACUGGGACCAUGCUGACGCCGUCAAUUGCUGGAGCCCUCAUGGGCUUGAGUUCUGUCGGGGUUAUGGCAAAUUCAUUGUUUCUAAGAUACAAGUUUUCAUCAAAACAGGGAGAAAUAUAUAGUGGAUCUGCACACACGAAAACUAACGGGGAUUCCAAUCUUCUCAUGGACAAAAGUGCAGAAGAACAUCCUCAUUCUGAUGGUAAAUGGAAAGGAUGAUAACACCAACAAAAAGAUAGGGUUCUACAUGUUCUACCACUAGAUGUGGAGCAGCCUGAUAACAUGGCAGCAGAUAGGGGUCCUAACCAAUUCAAUUAUCCCAAGAAUUCUGAAAGAUGGCCAAAGAACAAACACCAUACUGCCGUAAAGAGAAUUUAGGAAUCUACUGCAGAACGGGAUAAAUUUUUUGAAGUUGCUUACAUUUGAGUUGUGAUGGUAUUCUUCUCGGACCAUAUCUUUCAAUCCAGGAUGAGCGGCAGUUCAUCGGUGUUGCCAGUUUUACGUAAACAAUAUCCUUAAUUCAACAGGGUCUUGCUAUCUUAAGUUCUACCGAGUGUGACUUAUGGGUUGUAUUCUCAGUAAUAUUUAAAACACAUUUUUGCCGAUACUUGGCGUUGCUUGGCAGACAUUAAAACAACAGAGUGCUAGUGGAAAUUAUUUGAGAGACAAUCUUCCAAUAUAUCCGCAAAUGCUCAUUUCUAAACUAUUGGCGCGAAAAACUAGUAGGAUGAAAGUUAAGGGUUAUUUUUCUGAAAAAUCUGUCCCCUGAACUUUUUGGCUUGUCCAAUUUGGUCCCAAGAAACACUUUUGCAAGUGUGUUUAAUCAGCUCAAACAGUGACUUCUGUUAGGAAAAGUUGAAAGAUUGUGUAGAGGAGUGACUUCUGUUUCAACCAAGUCACUCUUGCAAUUGGACUUCA